CUUGUCCAGACCGGUGCCCAAGAUAUAAAGCACCAAACUCGCCAUGGUGAAGGCUCAGUUCGCCUUUAGAACAUUCCUUGGAAUUGGAAAUCACACCUUUUGGCACUUUACCAGGACCAAUCCGCAUCAAAACCAAAGAAGAAAGCGUAUCAUCCCUCGUCCGUCUCAUCAAACACCCGCCUGGCAACCAUGGCUUCCCCCCCGAUCAAAGUCAUCGUCUUUGGUGCCACUGGCAAUGUUGGUAGCCAAAUCAUCGACGGUCUACUCAAAUCAGCAACCAACUUUGACAUCACCGCCAUCAGCCGGCCGGCCUCACUGGAUAAGCCGGCAAAUGAGGAGUACAGGAAGAAAGGCAUCAAGGUGGUAGGCGCCAGUAUGACAGACUCUCAUGACAGGCUCGGGGAGAUACUUCUCGGUGCCGAUGCGGUCAUCACGCCAAUGUUCCCUACGGAACUCGAUCAGCAGAAACGUAUCAUCGAUGUCUGCAAGGAGGUUGGGGUCAAGCGCUACAUCCCAAGCAACUUCAUGCCCGCUAUGCCCCCUGUUGGUGUGAUGGGUAUACGUGACAAGAAGGAGGAGAUCAUCUGCUACGCCAAGCUCCGCAUGGUUCCCUAUACCAUCGUCGACAUGGCGUUCUGGUUCGAGCUGUUGCCCUAUAAAACGCCUUCAGGUAAGGUCGACUACGCCUUACCCCCAGGGCUGGAUUCCCGCAUUGAUGGCAAUGGCAACGUCCCAACCGCCUACACGUUCUUCAAUUCUCUUGGUCCUGCCGUGGCCAAGAUCAUUGCGGAUCCCCGCACCAUCAACAAAUACGUGUAUGUCUACGACGACGUCCUCACGCAAAAUCAGGCCGUCGACGUCCUCGAGGAGCUUAGCGGCGAGAAGGUGGAGAGGGUCUACCGCCCCGGAGAGGAUAUCCGGAGCUCCAUUUCCGCCACGAGGGCCAAGAUCGCUCAAACCCCCGAGGACACAGGUGCCUUCAUCAGCUUGACCAUGGAAGAGUACUCCUACUCUCUCAAGGUCCGCGGCGACGGCACGCCAGAGUGGGCCGACUACCUCGGCUACCUCGACAUCUUCAAGCUCUACCCCGAUCUCAAGAAGCGUACUCUGCGGGACUUCUACCAGGGAGUGCUCGAUGGUACGCACAAAGGGCCUUUCAACUAGGUUCCGAAGCACUCGGGGCUUGGCUUCCUGUCUGUAAAUGCUUGAUACCGGCCUUGUGUCGCUAUGUAGCAGCAGUAGCAGCAGUAGCAUCCGUGUUUAUCGAAAGAAAGUGUGAAAAUGCGAACCCCUCUUUGUUCCGUG